UAUGGUUUUAUAUUUCAUUGUUAGCAUAAAUCACAAGAUAACGAAACUUUAAAGUAGUGUUUAAAUCAGCGCAAAAAGACGAGCGUAGAUGGAAGUCACAUUUGUGACAUCAAAUUAAAAUGUCAAACAGGCUUAAGGAAUUAUUUUUGCAUUUGUGAGGUUUGAUAAAUGGAUACCAUCGCUUAUAAGAAGUAAUGUGAAGCACUAUGUUAGCAGAUGACGUUCAUUGAUAUCAAGAAUAAUCGCCACACAGUCGACAGCUACACGUUAAAAAUCACCUUACUGGGCAUUUGAAUAAAAGGGAAAUUCUAUACUUGAAGUGCACGAACAAAAAUUAACGGUAAUGUGCGAGGGUUUCCGAUGACACAAGGACUAUUACGCUCCAUUACCAUGGAUACCUACCUCAGACGGACGUACGCGCACAAAAAAGCGGCUGAAAAAGAUGACUUUCCAUUCUGGGAUUACAGGUCUCGCCGCGGCCCGCUGUCCUGCUCCAACUCCAGCUACUCUUCAACCUCCUCGUGUGAUGGCAGCAGCAUCUCCUCCAUAAGCUCCCGAUCGGAGUCCGGAAGUGAGAGUAUCAGUCUCUCGGAGCACUCGGACAUUGACUCCCUAUCCCCCUGUGAUCAACACAAGAUGUCUAUCCAGUUUGUUACGGACUCAACCGAGAUUUCCUCACUGGAGGAAGUCUAUCAACCAAUCGUAAACUGGAUUGACCCAGAUUUGCAUAUUCUAAAAAUAACUGACAAAUCAGAAUGCGUUGACAAUGAAAUUACGUCAUUUGACAGAACAGGUGCGCGUUUGCCGAGUGUGGCUAUGAUGGUGUUCCUUCAGGAAGAUGGAAUGGUAGGGUUUGAAAGAAUACAGUCAGUAAAAAGAUACUUUGAGAAAUCCCCUUGGAAGUUCCACCAUUCCGAACAAGUUAAUAAAGGUGCUAUAAACCCUUAUCCAUAUAACAGUCGGGAUUUCUAUUACACAGCGGAGGAACUUCCAUUGUGUGCAGUGCGGCAGGUGCACACUGGUAAGGAAUUCUUCCGCACGGUACUAUUCGUUAGUGAAUCGAACUGGACACAAAUGAUGCAGUUCUAUAAACUAAUUCUCGGUUGUGAACCGGACAUGAAACGAGACGAUUUUUGUCUAUUCACGGUGUCUUCGUAUCCAAACUUUGACAUUCAGCUCGCCCUAAAGAAGCUCCAAGGAGACACGAAACCGAGGCCACUAGAAUGUGUUCGUUUACAGUUCCGUGUUGGUGAUAUAAGCAACAUUAUGUCUCUUUUGCCAAACGUCUGCAGGCCCUUAUCAGAUACGCGAUGGCAGACGACAGAUAACGACGGUAACGUCGUCAUUCUUGAGACGCCACGUUACUUAACCAACAGUACGUUCAUUGACAGGUGUUCAUUAUCAGAGCGAGGCUCUAUAUCAGGAAGAAGUUCUAGAACUGACUCGUUCUCACAGCAGACGAGAAAUCAAAACGAGACUGGAAUUCAGCGCGAACGUGUGCGCGCGAGUUUGGAAAGCAGACGAAAAACUAGCCCUCAAACUCAGCGAUCUAGGUCAGUGCUGGUUGACCAGAAACUUGUGGAUAAACUAAAACAAGAGAAUCUAGCGUUUAGGCAGCAGACGAUGGCGGCAAUCCGGGAGCACCACCGCCACCUGGACCGCACCGUCACAGGAGAAACAGCGUGCUCGCCUUCCGCUACAUGUGACCCAUAUGUGACUAAAACUGACACCGAGAAUGUGCCGGAAGUGGGACAAAGCUUCUAUGUGUAAUAGUUCUGUGGAGUUGCAUGACAUUCUGUUUAAGUGCUAUACACGUGACUGUUUGUCCGUCGAUCACGUGAUAUCUGAUAUUAAAGACUGCAACGUUACGGGUCACUGUAAAACUGAUAUACAAUAGUCUGUGAUAUAUGUUAAGUAUUGUUAUAAAGUAUAAAAACCGGAGUGCAAUAUACAUGAAAACAAAGAAUAAAACUGUUCAUCAUA